UGGGAGGGCGGGACUGGGCGGUGCGGGGAGCGGCGCGGCGGGGCUGGGCGCGGUGAGGCGAGGCGCGGCUGGCAGAUCACCGCCGUUCCUGGGCAGGCCGGCCGGGGUAAAAGGCAGAGCGAACCUGACCUGCUGGCUGGCUGGCGUUGCCGGCUUCCUUUCCUCACUCCUGCCCGUCUUUCCAGCCCGCCUUCGUCCCCUCCGCCCGAGCGCAGGUGGCAAGCCGAAGCAGGUACCCACACAGAAGCGGCCGGACAUCGGCUCGAGGGACCAGACCCGGGCUCAGGUCCUAGUUAGAUAUCAGGAUGGCCCAGCAAGCUGCUGAUAAAUAUCUUUAUGUGGAUAAAAACUUCAUCAACAACCCAUUGGCUCAGGCCGACUGGGCAGCCAAGAAGCUGGUCUGGGUACCUUCUGAGAAGAAUGGCUUUGAGCCUGCUAGUCUCAAAGAGGAAGUUGGUGAUGAGGCCAUUGUGGAGCUGAUUGAGAAUGGGAAGAAGGUGAAAGUGAAUAAGGAUGAUAUCCAGAAGAUGAAUCCCCCAAAGUUCUCUAAGGUGGAGGACAUGGCUGAGCUCACCUGUCUAAAUGAAGCCUCUGUGCUCCACAACCUGAAGGAGAGAUAUUACUCAGGGCUCAUCUACACCUAUUCAGGCUUGUUCUGUGUGGUCAUCAACCCUUACAAGAACCUGCCCAUCUACUCUGAAGAAAUUGUGGAGAUGUACAAAGGCAAAAAGAGACAUGAGAUGCCCCCUCAUAUCUAUGCCAUCACAGAUACUGCUUACAGGAGCAUGAUGCAAGAUAGAGAAGACCAGUCCAUUCUGUGCACGGGUGAAUCAGGAGCUGGGAAGACUGAAAACACCAAGAAGGUCAUUCAAUAUUUGGCUUACGUGGCAUCUUCACACAAGAGCAAGAAGGACCAGGGUGAGCUAGAACGGCAGCUGCUGCAGGCCAACCCCAUCCUGGAGGCCUUUGGUAAUGCCAAGACUGUGAAGAAUGACAACUCUUCCCGAUUUGGCAAGUUCAUUCGAAUCAACUUUGAUGUCAAUGGUUACAUUGUUGGAGCCAAUAUUGAGACUUAUCUUUUAGAGAAAUCGAGAGCCAUCCGACAAGCCAAGGAGGAAAGAACCUUCCAUAUCUUCUAUUACUUGCUGUCUGGGGCUGGAGAACACUUAAAGACUGAUCUGUUGUUGGAACCCUACAACAAGUAUCGUUUCCUGUCCAAUGGGCACGUCACCAUUCCUGGCCAACAAGACAAGGAUAUGUUCCAGGAGACCAUGGAAGCCAUGAGGAUCAUGAGCAUUCCGGAGGAGGAGCAGAUGGGCUUGCUGAAAGUGAUUUCAGGGGUCCUUCAGCUUGGCAAUAUAGCCUUCAAGAAGGAACGCAACACUGACCAGGCCUCAAUGCCAGACAAUACAGCUGCCCAAAAGGUCUCCCAUCUUCUGGGGAUCAAUGUGACUGAUUUCACUCGAGGAAUCCUCACACCUCGAAUCAAGGUGGGACGGGAUUAUGUCCAGAAGGCCCAGACCAAAGAACAGGCUGACUUUGCCAUUGAGGCUUUGGCUAAAGCUACAUAUGAACGUAUGUUCCGUUGGCUGGUGAUGCGUAUUAACAAGGCUUUGGACAAGACCAAGAGACAGGGUGCCUCCUUCAUCGGGAUCCUAGACAUUGCUGGUUUUGAGAUCUUUGAUCUAAACUCAUUUGAGCAGCUCUGCAUCAACUAUACCAAUGAGAAGUUGCAGCAACUCUUCAACCACACCAUGUUCAUCCUGGAGCAGGAGGAGUACCAGCGUGAGGGCAUUGAGUGGAACUUCAUUGACUUUGGCUUAGACCUACAGCCCUGCAUUGAUCUCAUUGAGAAGCCUGCCGGUCCCCCUGGCAUUUUGGCACUUUUAGAUGAGGAAUGCUGGUUUCCCAAAGCCACAGACAAAAGCUUUGUAGAGAAAGUGGUGCAGGAACAAGGCACACACCCUAAAUUCCAGAAGCCCAAACAACUGAAAGACAAAGCUGAUUUUUGUAUCAUUCACUAUGCUGGCAAGGUCGACUAUAAAGCUGAUGAAUGGCUGAUGAAGAACAUGGACCCCCUGAAUGAUAAUAUUGCCACACUUCUCCACCAGUCCUCAGAUAAAUUUGUGUCUGAACUAUGGAAAGAUGUUGAUCGAAUCAUUGGACUUGACCAAGUGGCUGGCAUGUCAGAAACGGCUCUGCCAGGUGCCUUUAAGACCAGGAAGGGCAUGUUCCGAACAGUUGGACAACUCUAUAAGGAGCAGCUCUCCAAGCUGAUGGCCACCCUGAGAAACACCAACCCCAACUUUGUCCGCUGUAUCAUCCCCAACCAUGAGAAGAAGGCUGGCAAAUUGGACCCUCAUCUUGUCUUGGACCAGCUGCGCUGUAACGGUGUUUUGGAGGGAAUCCGGAUCUGCCGCCAGGGCUUCCCCAAUAGGGUUGUCUUCCAGGAGUUCCGGCAGAGAUAUGAGAUCCUGACUCCAAAUUCAAUCCCUAAAGGUUUCAUGGAUGGAAAACAGGCAUGUGUGUUGAUGAUCAAAGCCUUAGAACUCGACAGCAACCUGUAUCGCAUUGGACAGAGCAAAGUCUUUUUCCGAGCUGGGGUCCUUGCUCACCUGGAAGAGGAGAGAGAUUUGAAGAUCACAGAUGUCAUCAUAGGCUUCCAGGCCUGCUGCAGGGGCUAUCUGGCCAGAAAGGCCUUUGCCAAGAGGCAGCAGCAGCUGACGGCCAUGAAGGUGCUCCAGCGCAACUGUGCAGCCUACUUGAAACUCCGCAACUGGCAGUGGUGGCGCCUCUUCACCAAGGUCAAGCCCCUGCUCCAAGUCAGCAGACAGGAAGAAGAGAUGAUGGCCAAGGAGGAGGAACUGGUGAAGGUUAAAGAGAAGCAAUUGGCAGCAGAGAACAGACUGACUGAAAUGGAGACCCUGCAAUCUCAGUUGAUGGCAGAGAAACUACAGCUACAGGAACAGCUCCAGGCCGAGACGGAGCUUUGUGCUGAGGCCGAGGAGUUGAGGGCCCGCCUGACUGCCAAGAAGCAGGAGCUCGAGGAGAUCUGCCAUGACUUGGAGGCCAGGGUGGAGGAAGAGGAGGAGCGCUGUCAACACCUGCAAACAGAAAAGAAGAAAAUGCAACAGAACAUCCAGGAGCUGGAAGAACAGCUAGAGGAAGAGGAGAGCGCCAGGCAAAAGCUACAACUGGAAAAGGUGACCACAGAAGCCAAGCUGAAGAAGCUCGAGGAGGAUCAGAUUAUCCUGGAAGACCAGAACUGCAAACUUGCCAAGGAGAAGAAGUUGUUGGAGGACAGAAUAUCAGAGUUCACCACCAAUCUCACAGAAGAGGAGGAGAAGUCCAAGAGCCUGGCCAAACUGAAGAACAAGCAUGAGGCCAUGAUCACCGAUCUGGAAGAACGCCUGCGCAGGGAGGAGAAGCAGCGGCAGGAGUUGGAGAAGACCCGGCGGAAGCUGGAGGGAGACUCCACGGACUUGAACGACCAGAUUGCUGAGCUGCAGGCCCAGAUAGCUGAGCUCAAGAUGCAGCUGGCCAAGAAAGAAGAGGAGCUCCAGGCUGCCCUGGCCAGAGUUGAGGAGGAAGCAGCUCAAAAGAACAUGGCCCUGAAGAAGAUCCGGGAGCUGGAAUCCCAGAUCUCUGAGCUUCAGGAGGACCUGGAGUCUGAGCGGGCUUCCCGGAAUAAGGCUGAAAAGCAGAAACGGGAUCUGGGAGAGGAGCUAGAGGCUCUCAAGACUGAACUGGAGGACACUCUGGAUUCCACUGCUGCCCAGCAGGAGCUCAGGUCAAAGCGGGAACAGGAGGUAAACAUUCUGAAGAAGACUCUUGAUGAUGAAGCCAAGACCCAUGAAGCCCAGAUUCAGGAGAUGAGGCAGAAACACUCCCAGGCUGUGGAGGAGCUGGCUGAGCAGCUGGAACAAACCAAGCGGGUGAAAGCCAACCUGGAGAAGGCCAAGCAGGCGCUGGAAAGCGAGCGUGCGGAGCUCUCCAACGAGGUGAAGGCCCUUCUGCAAGGCAAAGGGGACUCUGAGCACAAGCGCAAGAAGGUAGAAACCCAGCUGCAGGAGCUGCAGGUGAAGCUCACCGAAGGCGAGAGGGUGCGGACUGAGCUGGCUGACAAGGUCACCAAGCUACAGGUUGAGCUGGAUAAUAUCACAGGCCUCCUAAAUCAAUCAGACAGCAAAUCCAGCAAGCUGGCUAAAGACUUCUCCGCUCUGGAGUCUCAGCUUCAAGACACACAGGAAUUGCUGCAGGAGGAGACUCGGCAGAAGCUGAGCUUGAGCACCAAACUGAAGCAGACCGAGGAUGAAAAGGGUACCUUGAGGGAGCAGCUGGAGGAGGAAGAGGAAGCCAAGCGGAAUCUGGAGAAGCAGAUUGCUACCCUCCAUGCCCAGGUGGUUGACAUGAAAAAGAAGAUGGAUGAUGGUGUGGGCUGCCUGGAGUCCAUGGAGGAAACCAAGAGGAGGUUACAGAAGGACCUGGAGGGGGUGAGUCAGAGGUAUGAGGAGAAGGCUGCUGCUUAUGACAAGCUGGAGAAGACCAAGACUCGGCUGCAGCAGGAACUGGAUGACCUUCUUGUGGACCUGGACCACCAGAGGCAGAUUGUGUCCAAUCUGGAGAAGAAGCAAAAGAAAUUUGACCAGCUUCUGGCAGAGGAGAAGACCAUCUCUGCCAAGUAUGCCGAGGAGCGGGACCGGGCUGAGGCUGAGGCGCGGGAGAAGGAGACCAAAGCCCUGUCUCUGGCCCGGGCCCUGGAGGAGGCCAUAGAGCAGAAGGCUGAGCUGGAGCGGCUCAACAAACAGUUCCGUACUGAGAUGGAGGACCUGAUGAGCUCCAAGGAUGACGUUGGCAAGAGUGUCCAUGAGUUGGAGAAGUCCAAGCGGGCCCUAGAGCAGCAGGUGGAAGAGAUGAAGACCCAGUUGGAGGAGCUGGAAGAUGAGCUCCAGGCCACUGAGGAUGCCAAGCUACGGCUCGAAGUGAACCUGCAGGCCCUCAAGGCCCAAUUUGAACGGGACCUCCAGGGCCGUGAUGAGCAGAGUGAGGAGAAGAAGAAACAGCUGGUCCGGCAGGUUCGGGAGAUGGAAGCUGAGUUGGAAGACGAGCGGAAACAGCGGUCUGUGGCUGUGGCUGCCAGGAAGAAGCUGGAGAUGGACCUGAAGGAUCUGGAGGCCCACAUUGACUCAGCCAACAAGAGCCGGGAUGAGGCCAUCAAGCAGCUACGCAAGCUACAGGCCCAGAUGAAGGACUACAUGCGGGAGUUGGAUGACACUCGGGCCUCCCGAGAGGAGAUCCUAGCCCAGUCCAAGGAGAACGAGAAGAAGCUCAAGUCCAUGGAGGCAGAGAUGAUCCAGCUGCAGGAGGAACUGGCAGCUGCAGAGCGUGCCAAGCGUCAGGCCCAGCAGGAGAGGGAUGAGCUGGCUGAUGAGAUCGCCAACAGCAGUGGCAAAGGAGCCCUGGCCCUGGAGGAGAAGCGACGCCUGGAGGCCCGCAUUGCCCAGCUGGAGGAGGAGCUGGAGGAGGAACAGGGCAACACAGAGCUGAUCAACGACCGGCUCAAGAAAGCCAACCUCCAGAUUGACCAGAUCAAUACUGACCUGAACAUGGAACGUAGCCACGGCCAGAAGAAUGAGAACGCCCGCCAGCAGCUGGAGCGGCAGAACAAGGAGCUCAAAGUGAAGCUGCAGGAGAUGGAAAGCACGGUCAAGUCCAAGUACAAGGCGUCCAUCACCGCCCUGGAGGCCAAGAUCGCCCAGCUGGAGGAGCAGCUGGACAACGAGACCAAGGAGCGCCAGGCGGCCUGCAAGCAGGUGCGGCGCGCUGAGAAGAAGCUCAAGGAUGUGAUUCUGCAAGUGGACGACGAGCGGCGCAACGCAGAGCAGUACAAGGACCAGGCCGACAAGGUGACCGUGCGGCUGAAGCAGCUGAAACGGCAGCUGGAGGAGGCUGAGGAGGAAGCUCAGCGGGCCAAUGCGUCCCGCAGGAAGCUUCAGAGAGAGCUGGAGGAUGCCACUGAGACGGCCGACGCCAUGAACCGCGAAGUCAGCUCCCUCAAGAACAAGCUCAGGCGAGGGGACCUGCCCUUUGUCGUGCCCCGCCGGGUAGCCCGGAAAGGCCCUGGAGAAUGCUCUGACGAGGAAGUGGACGGCAAGGCGGACGCCGGCGAUGCCAAAGCUACUGAAUAAGGUCCCCUUUCCCGCCCGGCUGGAGCCGUGCCUCCCUCCCCCUGCUGUGACAGUGACCCUCCUGCUCCUCCUCCCACCCGUGUGCCCGUGCAGGCGCUUGCCCGGUUCCCUCCCCUCCCCUCCCUUCUCUCCCUGCCCCAGUCACAUACCAAAGAGCCCGGGUGUCGGGCCGGCCUGGGACAGCCUGCCUCCACGGGUGGGGAGCCGGACCUGCUCUCCCAGCAGACACGGGCCGGGAGGGCAGGAGUUUUCUAUUCAUCUAUUUUUCUUGGAAUUAAGAGUUUUGCUAGUGAGCACCCCAGAGCGUCCCUGGCACCCCCCACCCUCCUCUGCUGUUGGCAAUCACGUCCCUGGUGCCCCUGUGGGACCUGCCUGGCCCCAGGAGCCCUGAGAAAGGGAGAUGGCGGGGGAGUGGGAAGGGAGGAUUCGAAAGGGAGAAGAUGGGCGGCCGUUUGUCCCUUUCCUUGUUCAAGUGCAAUGAUGAAGCUCCCCCCCAACCCCAGGACCGAGCUGGCUCGGGGUGCCCUGGUGGGCCACAGGCACAGGGACAGGUGGGGAGGAGGCCCACAGUAACUCUUGGGGACCAAAAACCUGUCGAAGGGCCCCUCCUCGAGUCCCCUGCCCUCCCACCUCUGGGGAGCAGGACCCCCAGCCGCCUCACCAUGUCACUGCCUUCCCCGCGGCCCGGCCUGCAGAGCAGUUGUCUUUGUUUCUCCACCAUACACUGGUUGCUGGACUUCCCCAUAUUUUUCACUGUAUGUAUGUACGUGCUGCAUUUACUCAGACUCGCCUGCCUAAGAGCAAAGAGAACCUGAAAAAGCCCUCGCUGGCCCCCUGCCUGUGGAGCCCCGAGCUCCGAGUUCAGGUCCCGUCGCUGUCCCGGAGAAACUAGUGAGAGCCCCACCCUUUUUAUAUGAAAAAGUGCCUUAGCGUCGUCCCGCCCGGCGGCCCUCAGUGUCCUGCGCGUCUCAAUAAAGAGCACCACGUGCUACAGACCUGCCUCGGU